GAGAAUAUUUCCUAAAAAGUAGAAACAAAAUACAAAAUAGAAAGAAUGUGUAACCCAUGUACUCCACCCUACACACACAUAUAUAUGUAUGUAGAUAUAUAUAAGGAAAUUAUAGAAUUAAUUUAGGGAACGUCUGUUUCCAGAUAAACGAUGAUGAUAGCGAUCGUACUUAUUUUACUAUUACCCACAAGGGCAUUGGGCCUGGUUGGUUACGAUUGCGGUGGGCCGAAUCUUAAUAUAUCAACUGUAUCCCUUAUUGACGUCGGAGAUUGCGAUAUCCCGGACGUAAACCCCAACACAACGAGCCCUUAUAUCCAAUUACUCCAGCUGGCGAAAUACGAACAUAGUAUGGUCACGCAAUGCAGCGUGAAGAUACACCGAAAUAUCUUUUACUGUGGAAUGCAUUCUCACUUAUCGGGCGUGCCAAACGGCGUUGCGCAAUAUAUAUCAGAGGUUAGCCAGGACUCAUGCAAAGAGAUGCAUCGAACCGGAAUAUUUUACUACAACAGGGAAAACCAAGUCUCCGGAAUAAAACCAAACUCCACUACCACAGCCAGUAUCACCUUGGCGGGGAAAAUUCAACCAGGAGGAUACUGUGAGGGAACCCAAUAUGCAGACCCUUACGGAAGCUGGGAUGACGUAGUUGUACAAGCGGCAGUGACGAUCAGUCUAAGAACGUACCGAGCCUCGGUGAAUUUGGAGAAUAACAAAUUAUAUCUUCGAUCAGGAACUACGUGCACCUACAGCGACGAAGCAUGUGUCGAUGUUGACGGUGGUCACACCUUUUGGACUACCCUACCCCAGGAGAACUGUCGGUUCAACCAAUACGAUGUACUCUAUGAAGGAAUUGGAAAUAAAAUAGAAGAUCCAACAUCUAACGAUAAAAUUAUAAUGUAUACCGUGACAGCAGGCGACGUGACGUUCGCUUUAACAAAACGAGGAGAACAACAUUUAUGUGGAUAUACCAUGAUAAAAACCGAACAUCCCAAAUUGAUAAUUGUAGAAACAAGGAGGGAGGAAGCGGUACCUGCCCGAAGGAAGCUUGCAGUUGAGAACCUCGACAUGUUUGCCUAUGUCAACUCCAAGUUCGUUUAUGUUGAGCGGCACGUGCGUACGCAAAUGAAUCAGCUGUACAAAGAUAUACUAGUACAACGGUGUGAGUUAGAGAAACAAGUAUUACGCAACUCAUUGACCACAGCUACUUCUUCGCCCGACGAAUUCGCUUAUCACCUGAUGAAAGGACCCGGCUACAUGGCUCUCAGUGCCGGAGAGGUGGUGCACAUUGUCAAAUGUAUACCUGUGGAAGUACGCGUACUCAGAACCAGGGAGUGUUACAACCAGCUACCCGUGGAAAAAGGAAAUGAAACAAUGUUCCUUUCGCCAAGAACUCAUGUGCUAGUCAGAACCGGCACCCAAGUAAAUUGCAACGAAUUCCUUCCGCCUAUGUAUUUUCUCAUCGAUGGAUGGUACAAGCUCUUACCUAACCCGGUAAAAAGCAUACCACCUACAGUAAUGGAACCCCUGACGAAACCUACAUGGAAAUAUACCAACCCGGGAGAGUUGGCAACGAGCGGAAUCUACGCCAGCGAAGAUCUGGAAAAUUUACGCGAACGCAUCAUGUUCCCCGUGGAGAGACCAUCUGUCCUACACACCAUAGCUCGAGGAGCCAAUGGACAACCAACUGUACGACAAGGACUCUCUAUGCUAAAUUUACUUGACGAGAAAGCCCUGGAAAAUAUUGCAAAAACAACCUGGAGCAAGAUUUGGUCCUCUUUUACGUCAUUUGGAUCCAUUGCCGCCGGAGGUAUUGGGAUAUACUUCAUAUUCCAACUAAUCAAACUCAUUAUUGAUACUCUUGUGCACGGGUAUGCCUUGCAUACCGUUUAUGGGUGGUCAAUCCACUUGAUCGGAGCCUUAUGGGCAUCAGUCGCGUCACUGCUGAUCCAUCUAGGAAGAACGCCUCGUGAAGGAAGGAGAACCCCUGAUGAAGACGAAGAAUUAGCCUCUGCCCCUCCUUCACUGAUUACGAAAGAACCCGAUGUAUCCUCUGUAACCGUAUACCAACCAGUUGUUGAUUCUAUAGAAGACCUGCAGAAGCGUCUCGCGGCACGUCAAAUGCCAAACACACGUUUAACAUUUGAAACUGAGGGGGGAGGUGUCACAUCCCGCGACCACAAAACACCACCCCACCAAUAUUAAUCGCUUAAAUUUCCGUAAUCAUCAUAGUUUAUCGAAGAAAUUACCUAUUGUAUUAUAUAUAGACAUACUUAUAUCAUUUGUAACGGGUCAAACAUGACUGAUUGAAAAAGGAAAAACAUGGAAAGAGAAAGAGAUAGGUAGGAGUAGGGGGCAAUUAGGAGGAAGGUGCCGAAAGGCGAAAUUAAGAUCCGUCUCUUCUCCCUGGGCAGUUGCGAGCAUCGCACGUUAUAAUUAAGAUAAGUUUCGCAUAUAUAUAUAUAUUCAAUAAAUGUUAAUACGCCAGGGAGAUCGAGCUGAACAUAGGAUUUUUAACGAUUGUGAUUUUUAUGGUGCUGUGUUAUAUUUAUAUCCCGUUCUUACUAUUUCAUUGUUUAUUUUUAUCAUAUACACUUUUAGCACGCGUUCAUUUAUUUUGUACUUUAUUUAAUACCCGUUACGUGUCGCUUAUUUUAUUUAUACACAUAGAGUAUUUUACUCGUUACUUUACAUUAUUCGUUUGUUACUUAUUCUACUUAUACUUGUUAUUCAUUUAUAUUGUGAUUUGGUGGCGUCUCAUUAUUUAUUGACCAGUCUAUUUGUACCUCA